AUCAGCCAGGAAGAGACUAGGGACAUCAAGUUGGCCAGGAUCGAUGCCUUUUCCUCUCUUCAGCUCAUUGUGCAAGGAGAUUCCAUCUAAACCAUGUUCUGGAUCUGAAGGACACGUUUCUGAUGCUGUGUGUGAACAAAUGAUAGGAGAGCAAGACUGGAAAGUUUGUCUAGAUGUCGGUCCUUUUUCUCCAGAAGAGAUAAGCGUCAAAACCAGGGACGGAUACUUGGAAAUAACAGGUAAUCACGAGGAAAGACAGGAAAAUCACAGGCUGAUCUCAAGAAGCUUUGCAAGAAAAUACAAGCUUCCGGCUGACUUAGACCUAAAACAGAUCAGCUCCAUGCUGUCUCCAGAUGGUGUUCUCUCAGUUGAAGCUCCAUUAACGGGCUCUAAUAUCAGUUUCCCAGGAGAGAUUGUCAUCCCUAUUCACAUGAUGGACAAACGGUUACCUGCAAAAACGGAUGAACUAUGCCUCACCAGUAACCAGAGACAUUCAGACUCUCAGUAGUUACUGGGUAAACAUAAUCAGUUUAACAAAUUGUCACCUUGGAAUUACAAGGUUCUGUCUGCGUUCUGAAUGAUUUUGAGCUACAACGUUUUUGCAUUUAAUAGCAAACUGUGUGUGUGUAACAUUAUAAUUAUUAUUAUGUUUUUUUUGUUGUAAACGACUUGUAUAAAAAUGCCAUAAUGUAAGUUGUCAUUUAAUAAGAAUGUCAAUAAUUAUUUUGACACAUCAGAUAGAAUCUUAAUUCUAAGGUGACUAAAUGUACAGCUUCUUAUGUACAGAUCACUUCAAAGUUGUUAAUAGGUAUUAGUAAAAUGUAAAAGAUCUCAAAAUAUGAAUCUACUAAUUUUGCAUUUUUACAGACCAUGAAAAUGAGUCAUUAUUAAAGAGUCUGUUUAAGACCUUGAGUUUUCAGCAUUCCUUUUUGAAGAUACAUUUUUAUCUGUUAAAAUUCAACAAAUGACAAUUAAUGGCAAAUCUAAAAAACAACUUUGAGGCGAUCUUUAGAAGCAUUUGUUAAUACUGGCUUUGAAAGAGAAUAAUUAUCAUUAUAAAAAUAACAGGCAUUACUAACCAAUGGUAAUAGGCAAAAUUUAUGGGGUUUGCUAUUUUGUUUUAAGACUUAUGAAUAAUGCACUUCUUGCUGUUUAUGUAUAAAAAUAUCUCAAAGAUGAUCAUGCCUAUGUAACCAGUACUGACGGUCUAAAAAAAGAAAAGGGAGAACUUUUCCUAGAUUCUCAUGCUAGAACGAUAUAUAUUUAGUUAAGGCAUCAAAUUGGAGCUUGUGUUGUAUAAGGCCGGGACCAUCUUUUUGUUUAAGCAAAACUGUUUUAAUGAAUUUGUUACUUACAGUCUUGUAAAUUAUAAUAAACCAGAACUGUUUUGAGAAA